AUGGCUCCCAGCUUACAGGAACUGAUCGAAUUUUUGCUGAACGAGGUCGCCCUCUGCGGCAACCAAGGCGCGACCUUGUCAGAAAUUUUAAAAGCAAUUGAAAGUUUCUAUUCCAGCUCUUCUCAUGAUUCUACCCAAAGUCGCCAGAGGGUCGAUCGUCGCUUUAAAGCUAAGGUUUGGUCAUGGCUCACGCGCCAUCCUGAGGUGUCUGUGGGGGAGAGCAAUCAAUGGAACCAUCUUAGCCUUGAUGAGGUGGAGCAUGAAGAUGGUCAAGUGGAGCAAGCAUUAGAAGCUUCAACUGGCCAAGAAAAAGCUUCUCCCACGUCGACUUCCUCACACAUUCGCGUCUUUGUCUCGAGAGAAAGAACCUGGUACGCGGUCUCUGGUCACGAGCCGGAUGAAGGUAAAGUUCCGGCCAGCGAAUUUGCCUUGCUUUCCAUCAUUGCUUCACACAAAUCCGAUGGUGUGGUGCAAACAGACUUGGUGAGACUCAGUGGUCAGGACAAGCGGUCUGUCCCCAAACGAACGGACGCACUCCACAGAAAGGGCUAUAUCGAGAAACGAUCCAUUCAGGUCAGAGCUGCCCGAACCAGUCUCUGUAUACAUAGCCGUUUUAUGAAACAAAGCUCCAGCGAUAGAAAUACCUCCGCUGCCCAAAAUGCAGGUCACGAGCGCGUGAUGAUUGAUUUUCAUGCUUUUACCCAGAAGCUGUUUGAGAUCCUCAAAGAACACCAUAUUGUGACUCGUGAUGAUCUGAAAAGGAUGUUAGGGUUCGAGGACCCCUGGCGAUGGCGAAUCUUGUCUCGCGCACUUCGCAAGUUUGAACGGAUCGGUGUCCUGAAACGUGUGAAGGCUGCAUCACAAUACAAACUGAUGCAUGCCUGUGUAAUGCUCAUUCGCGAUCCUACAGAGCGCGAUUUGGAGAAGUUUCAUGAUGUUACCGGCGAACUGAAUGCAAGUGCGGAUGAUCAAGCGGAUCUGGACGAAGACAUAGAGGCCGAUGCCGUGGGGAAGAACGCGUCUGGUGCAGACGAGGGAAGAUUUAAGAUUGAACAAGAAAAGACGGUCGUCGAUGUUGGGCGCGCAGUUCCAUCUUGGACACCGGAUCGUCCUCUUGGGAACCAAAUUUUUGAUGUUGUGGCUGCCUCUGGGACUAUAGGAGUCACGAACCUGGAAAUAAAUCGUCUUCUCUUCGGAAGCUACUAUCGCAGACCAUCCGAAUGUAUUCUCCAUCGGUUAGUCGACUGCUGGCAGCUCUCUCAACCGCCUCACCUGCGGCACCUUGCCAUCGUCCGUGACACGGCAAUCGAAAAGACUGUUUUCUAUUACAUACACUAUUCAGCAGAUAACUUUGCAAAACUUGUGGAGAGUGGCCAGUCGUUGUGGGAGGCUGUCGAAUAUCCAGCUCAAAAGACCAAGGCGGCUAGCAUCCAGAUUCCCGCUGUUGAUGCCACUGCGCAGUUUGACCAGCUUGGGUUCCCACAGACAGGCGUUUCAAAGGGAUUAUUCAAGAACGGUAAUGGAAGCCUAUUUGAAUCCCUUGCAGUUUGCAGGCCUUCAAACUAUCUGCUGUCUAGCAGUGACCCUGUGCCUGUUCGACUCCCUGAUGGCCGGUUUGUUAUUGAAGCUAGUACCAAGGGCCAACCCGGCGUUGUUUUACGGUUCUCAACUCCCAACCGCCCGAGCCGAGGUCGCCCAAAGGGAGCUUUAGGCGGCACCUCUGGAAGACCAUCAAAACUGUCCAAAUUAGACAGAGGAUCUCCUGAAAGCCAGGGGAUUGAGGAUAUCGAAGAAGUUGCAAGGCAACUUCCAGCUCACCUAGUAUUCUCGACAACUCCUCGGGUACCCAAGUACACAAGGAGGGAUAAGGUAAAGGCUUCAGGAUUACCCGAGAAGGAAAUGUUCGAAGCGUUAGGGAUGGAUGAAACGUGGACAGAAUACAAUGUUCUUGUAAAUGACAUCCCUAAUCCUGGUGUCUACGUUACUCCUAUUGGGAAGCGAAGACCAGCAGGGAAGAAGCAAGGCCGGCCCAGCCGAAGCCGCAUCGCAGUUUUCAAAUCACCCAAACUCGCUUCAUUCCCGUGGUUCGCUGAAGGGCAAGAUAUUCUUAAUGAUGAAGAGCAGGACCCGACGCCAGAAACUCCUAUGAUGUCCACUCACAAUCUUGACGUUUCCUCCCUGCCUGCAGAGCCCAGUUCUCAAGGAUUCAUCGCCGUCAACCCGUCUCCAGACAUCCAAGUCACCCCCGUACCUUCAAGAGGGCGAAAACGUCGCGGGGCUUAUCCGGAAGCCACGGAUUCUCCUACUUCAGUUUCCGGUUCAACUGAACAACCUAGACGCAGCGGCAGGGGAAGGGCUAAACAACCACGCCUUGAAGAUUCCAAUGAAGACGAGAUCGAGCCACUUACAAUUGAUUCUGAGAUUGAAGUGCGUGAAAGCAUUGAGCAGAAUAAGGCUAUAAGCGAAAUUUCAACAGGUCUUACGAAGAGUUCUGCUGUGCAUCAUCUGAACCCGAAGGAAAAUCAAGGAAUAUCACCCAAAAGACGUCGAAUUGGAUCUCCAGGGGAACCUGUUACUCCACGGACAUCUCUUCCCUCUGAUUCUGGAAAGCUAGGUACAUCCGGCACGCCGGAGCCAAUAUCGCAGGAAAUGCAGACACCAUCAUUGCAGAAUGAGUUUGCGAAGUCCAAAACACCUGUCAUCCGCAGCACACCUAGGCAAACGUCAAUUGAAGUUGUUCGCUCAUCAGAUAGAGGUGGCUCAAUCAGUCUUCUUCGAAGGAAAAUCCUUAUGGAGAUCAUUGAAAAGGCUGGCGGUGCUUAUCCCUCCGGAACUGAGUUAUGGUAUCCAUUUGCAACCUUUUGGUUCAAAGAAAAAUAUAAGGAGAAGCCCGACAUGAGAACGGUCAGAACUGCAGUCAAGAAUCUGGUUGAUGCUGGCAAGCUUCGACAACUUACCUUCAGCGGCAAGGACAGUAAAGGGGUCAUGGUCACCAAAACGAUCCUCGCCAAGCCUGGGAUGUCGCCGGAUGACCCUCUCAUAAUGAAGAUGAGGCAGAAGCUUCUUACAAGCGUUGAUCCAAGGGUUUCAUAUUCGCCUAAUAUUGUGCUUGACCCCGGUCUUACCAAAUCUGGCGGUAGAACAGGGCUUCAGAAGACCACGCUUCCUCUAGUCAAGGGUGCUACUGUUCAGUUGCAGAAGAAACCUGUUCGCGUACUUAGAGAAGAAAAGAGGGUGGAGCGAAGGAUCCAAAGAGAUUUGCUCAAGAAGCUGGAUGAUGAGUUUGGAAAUCCAAUGGAUUAUGGAUCAUCAGGAUCUAAACGUCUGCUGGGAAUUCGGCGUCCUCGCGAGCCGGGACUUAUGAUGGGCUCUCAGACAGCGAUUUUCCGGCCCCAGGCUACUAUGUCUCAGCCUCAAACUACGAUCGCUCGGCCCCGGGGAAGACCAAGCAAGGAUGGAGGAUUCUCUCGUAUGACGAAGACAAUGACUACAAUUGGCCCAUAUGCCAUGUUGAUGCACCCAAAGCAGGUCUUCCACCCAAGUUCCGGUACCUUUGCUACGUUUGGUGCUGCUAGGAAGCCAAGGACUAUCACGAGAAAACUUCCUGGCAGCCUUGCAGACUCUGUCCAUGAACUGGCUGAGCUUGCGCGUCAGGCCAAAAAUCCAUCCAAAACCUCUGAUAAAAUUCUCAGGUGGGAGCUUGGGCAUGAAGAGAUGUUCGAUGCAAUCCUUGACGAUCACCCAUACAUUGAUCAAACAGUCCGAGAUGAAUUUGUUCAUGCACCAAUCGAAGGGGAAAUCCGCUUUGAUUUCGAUCAGCCGGCUCCGGUGCCUCGCACACCGCGAUCGAUAAUGCGGACUCGCACAGCGUCUACUCAUCGCCAUUUGCUACCGAAGACAGCUGUGUCCGAUGAUUCGACAUUAUCAGCCUAUACGUCUCAAUUCAGGACUUCGGGAGCUCUCAAAGAACGCCGGGUUGAUAGAUUUAACACUUCGAUCUCUGCUCAGAGCAUACUCCAGGCAGACUCCUCACGCCAAACUCGCCGACGAAAUGUGGUGCCCCUCGACCGAGCUCUGUACCGCAAGAUCAUGGUUGCCAUUGUUGCUGUUCGUGUUCUCGCGGGCGGCACAGAGGGAAGGUUGAUCGAUUGGGAUUUGGUAUCAGCUGCGUUCCCAAAACAUGACGCGAUGUUCAUUCAAGAACGGGCCAGAGCAAUCCUGAACAAAAGUCGAUUGCAAAUCGUGGGCAUGCAGCGUGACUUCCAAGAACUUUUCCUCGCGGCUUAUGCAAAAAAUAAAGUGCCGCAAAUCGAUUAUUCGCGCCUGGAACAAUACAACUGGCCCGCCGUGGUGGAAUGGGCAAAUUUCGAACUGGAGUUUACGACGUCCGAACAGGCACCACUCCUCCCUGCUACUCGUGAAGAAUUUGACAGCAUCUUUGAACUUCGCCCUGAGCCUGUUUCCUCAGGUGAUGAACUCUACACCCAGACAACGGGUAUCACCGUUCUUCACAAGCGUGACUUGAUGGCUCGUAUUCCAUUCGCCGCUUCAAUUGAUUCGCCAGAGAAUCAAGGAUUGCGAAAGGCAGACCUCGCUCGCCUGGAGGUUGUCAAGACCUGGGUCCGUUCAAAUGUCGCCGCUCCAGAGGAAACCUACGAUUCUCAACGAGCCAGCGACGCCCUUCGACCGUUCGGAGAUCAACUCCUCGAGUCUGCCUUGCAAUCUUUAUCAACGGCCCGCGUCAUUGGUCAUGCGAACAAAGGUCGCGUUCAGCCUGGCCGCAAUUAUGACAUUACGGACCACCUCCUUUCACAACUUAACCGCAAACGUGGCAUCGACUGUAGCAUCCUCAAGCGCGCCACCUACUAUAAGUCGUCCGUCCUAGACCCGCUGCUGCAGACCACGGGAUCACUUGACAUCCAGUAUCUCGCCGAGGACGGCGAUAUCCUUGCCAUCAUCAACCUCGCUGUGAGUGGCCAUGUUGAGCUGCGCCCCCGCGACGCGCCACGCGAGCGGUUUGGCUUCACCGAUUCCAACUACCUAACCCGUAUGGUCGACAAAAACUGCUUCCGCUUCCCCAUCCAGGUUCGCCCAUCCACUUCGUACGUCUACGGUAACCCUGUCCAAGUAUCCAUCGAAAAUAUCAAACCCCCGCUACCCCCGCCCUCCGAGGACCUUAAGCUCCCGCCCAAGAUUCCGCUCUGGUUUGAUAUCCACGGCUUCCUGAUUACCCAGCUAUGGGAAAUGGCCAUCGCCUCCGUGCUGGGUUGUGUCUCUAUCCGCCAGGGCCUAAGCGCGGAGGGCAUUGCCGGCAUGCUCAAGCCCGCUUUGGGACCGUGGGAGGUGGAACUGCUGCUGGGCUGGCUGGCUGAAGUCGGUGUUGUGCGUCGGCAGGGCAGCGGGGAGAACACCGGCUGGAUGGUGCUCGAGAAAUGGUGGAUGGUGCUGGUGCAGAAGGACCAGGCGCUUGGACUGCCUGGGGCUACGAAUGAUGUUGAUGGCGAUACGGUUAUGGCGUGA